CACACACACACACACACACACACACACACACACACACGCAUGAUAUAAAUAUUAACCAUAUGGUCCAUGGUAGCCUCGAGAGUAGUCUGAAGUUCAUGUAGUCAUUGUAUUCCUUUACCAAGACAAGGUCUGGACCUUCAAGUCUAUGCGGUUUGGCAUUUUGGUAAUCCGAACAACUUCACUAAUUUGAACAGGGUGUGGCACGGAGCUGUUCGGAUUAGCAGGGUUAGACUGUAGAUGAUGUCAGUAGCAUAGUGGUAGGAUUAGCUGUAAAUGCACAGAAAUGCAGAAUGCUCAGUCACUGUUUGGUGCUUGAUUGUCGAGUCCCAUCUCAACAUCUCCGAUUUUGCAGUUUGUUAUUUCUACAUGUAUAAUAGCGUAUUGGUGUUUGUGUUUGUAUGCAGCAGUGCGACCAUCAGCUUCUCUCUUCAUUGGGAAUGUUUCAUACGUCAUCCUGUUUGGUUGGUGGGUCAGCUUCUGCUACUUAUUGGUGGCUUUCAUUCUUGCUCUCACAGUUGUUGGUUUGCCUUAUGCAAAACUCUGUCUGAAGCUGUCUAGGUAUUUACUUUGGCCAUUUGGUCGAUUCAUCACUAAGGAUCCAUAUGCUGCUAAACCACAGCAUCUAAGGCAAAAAGCAAGAUGUUCUAAAGUUGAUGAGAAAACUUCGUUAUGGGUUGAAAAGCAAUCAUCUGGCUACAUGUCAAAUAACAGUCAAAUUGAAGAUCAAAUUACUGUUUCUCUGCGUUUGCCUUCCAAAUUACAACCACAGCUUUGGAAGAGGCCUUCAUUCUGGAUUUGGCUUAUUUUGGGUGUUCCACUUCUGUUACUUGCACAUGCCUUGAUGUUUAUAUUCAGUUGGUUCCUUGUUAUAUUUAUUCCUGUUGCAAAGAUUAACUUGAUACUCGUGCGCUCUGUAUUGUUUGCUGAUCCUUUAAGAAUUAGGAUAAGAAAUCAAAGUUUGGAAAUGGAGCGUCUGAAUUCUCUAGAGCAUGUAUCAUUGAUGGCAGUGGCAGCGGAGCUGGAGGAAGAGGGAGCACUUCCUCUCCCCCCCCCCAACUUGAUGAUCAACAACUGAGAAGAAAUUUUGGAAGAAAAAUAUUUGAAUUUUUUACUCCAGUAUGACAGCGUUCACCGAACUAGAGAUAUGUAUAACAUAUAUAGUGCUUUCUGUUACCUAAGAGGAGUGAUUAAUUAAGUUGAAGUUCAACAGCAGAAAGCGCUUCCUGACAUGAAAUGCCCACUGAAAGCUUACCCUAGUUCAUGUACUCCGAUGUCCUUUCAUGCCCCACCCCACCCCAA